AUAAAAAUACGUGAAAAACAUUUUCUAAUUUUCGAUGCUAGAGAAAAUUCCAAAGUUUUUUCCUGGACACUUGAGUGCUCUUUAGUUUUUUCUACAUAAACGACAUAAAAUACUUACUAUUAUUGCUCUUUUUUCGGUGUGAUUACUAAGAGUAAUGAAAAUUUUUGUGGAACACCAAGUUCGAUAGAAUAAAUCAAUUUAACCACAAUGCAAGAAAUUAUAGUAGGUCCGGACUAUUUUGCUAAUAAGGAAUCCCCUUUGUGGACAGCAAAGUUUGAUUAUAAGGCACAAGGUGAAGACGAGCUCUCUUUACGUAAAGGACAAAUUGUAGUAUUGUUGUCAAAAGAUGCGAAAAUAUCUGGAGAUGAGGGAUGGUGGACGGGUAAAUUGGGAGACAAAGUCGGAAUUUUCCCCUCAAACUUUGUUACCAACGAAGAUCCUACUUUUCAAGACGUCAGCCCAUUAGAAAUAGACUAUGUGGAGUUGGAGUUACACGAAGUGAUUGGUGUAGGGGGAUUUGGAAAAGUUCAUCGAGCCAUUUUUAGAGGAGAAGAAGUAGCCGUCAAGGCAGCUCGUCAAACAGAUCUGUCCGAAGAUCUAGAAGUAGCGAGAGAAAAUAUUCUACAGGAAGCUAGACUUUUCUGGGUACUUAAACACAAAAAUGUUGUCGAACUAAAAGGAGUAUGUUUGAAACCACCAAAAUUGUGCUUAGUUAUGGAAUAUGCAAUAGGAGGAUCGCUCAAUAGAAUAUUAGCAGGCAACAAAAAAAUCGCACCGGAUGUUCUUGUCAAUUGGGCUAAACAAAUCGCUGAAGGAAUGCUAUAUCUGCAUGCUAUGGCUCCAAUAUCUGUCAUACAUAGAGAUUUGAAGAGUUCUAAUGUAUUAAUCAAAGAAGCAAUAGAAGAUGGAAAUCUUAAUGGAAAAACGCUUAAAAUAACGGAUUUUGGACUUGCUCGAGAAGCAUACAAUACUACGAGAAUGUCAGCGGCCGGAACAUAUGCUUGGAUGCCUCCAGAAGUCAUAAAAAGUGGGCAAUAUUCAAAAGCGUCAGAUGUUUGGAGUUACGGAAUUGUAUUAUGGGAAUUGUUGACUGGUGAAACACCUUACAAAGGAUUUGAUUCUUUGUCUGUAGCUUAUGGUGUUGCAGUUAACACCUUAUCACUUCCUAUUCCUAGAACGUGUCCAGAAGCUUGGGGAACUCUCAUGAAAAGUUGCUGGGAAUUGGAUCCUCACAAACGUCCAAAAUUUCAAGACAUAUUAAAGGAGCUAGAGGCAAUAGAGUCUUCUGGAUUUUUGCUCACGCCUCACGAUUCUUUUCAUACACUCCAGGACGGAUGGAAAAAAGAAAUAGCUGAAGUGCUUGAAGAAUUAAAACUUAAAGAAAGUGCUUUUAAAUCUUAUGAGGAGCAACUUCGAAAUAAAGAACAAGAGAUCAGUCGGAUCGAAAAAAUGCAAAAAGAACAUGCCGAAAAGCUAGCACGAAGAGAACAAGAGCUGGCACAAAGAGAGAUGGAACUGCUGGGACGAGAAUUGAAUAUGAUGAUAACACAGAAUACACCGACCCCAAAAAAGCGAAGAGGAAAAUUUAGUAAGACGAGAUUAAAGUUGCUGAAAAAGGAGCCUGGACAAAUAUCAUUCCCACUAGAUUUCCGACAUACCAUAACCGUAAAAACCCUGCCAAUUAGAGACGAUUCUUAUACGAGAGCUACAGAUACGCCUCCAGGUUCUCCAGGAGUCCAAAGACUUCGAGCGAUAGCACUAUCUUCUGAUGGUGGUGUCAAAGGAAGAACUUGGGGACCCUCAACCGUCCAUCAAAAAGAACGAAUCAAUUUACCCGUGUUUAAAAAGGAUGUCGUUGUCCCUAAUUUUAGUAAGAGCGCCCCCGAUUUGGAUAAACCACGUAUUUGUACUCCGACUUCCACUAACUCGUCAUACAAUGAAUUAGGUAAAAGUUACGAUGAAGGGCUAAGUACAAUUUCUAAACCGAACUACUUGGAAAAUAAAGACUUAUGUGGUAAUGGGAGUAACGAUAUUAAUAAAACUACUUUUAAUAAGAGUAAGAAAUACAGCUUAGAUAGUAAUAUCGAAAAAAAUAGCUCAUUAAAAAACAGGCAAUUAAAAUCAUCUCAUUCAUUUGAUGAAGAAGGUAGUAUGGGAUAUAACAAUAUCAUCAUGCACAACAAUGAAAAUUUGACUUACGACAGAGCGUUUCAUAAAAAGAUUCAAAAAAGCUUAGAAAUGUUGUCUACUUGUGUGAUUAACUCUUCGGAUAAUGACCAAAAUGCAAAAACAUAUUGGAAGUCAAGCGAUAACCUGUCGCCCAACAUGAAGUUUGAAAGUCUAGAAGGUGAAUCACAAUUUCAACGAGAACAAUUUUUUACAAAUUCUCAUCUUACAAACGAUACACCUUCGAUAUAUUCGAGUAAUAGUAUUCUUAAAAGUACGCAUUUUUCACCAAUUAAUGUACAUGAAAACGGUGAUUCCGUUACAAACCAAAUCCGUAAGUCUUCUGUUACAUUUAAUAAUAAAAGUGACGAGCUAUACUCAAAUAAUUCAAUGAGAAGCUCGGGAUCGUUGAAAAGUCAAAGUCAUAAUGAAAAACCAAAAAAUAAAGUUCUUUCCUUUUAUCACAAACUAAAUUCGCGACCACAUGGCUCUCAGCAUGAAAAACAAAAAUCAAAACUUAAAACACCACAAUUUGUUCAUCGAUUAAAAAAUAAAUUCAACUACAACAAAAACAAAAUUAAGUAUGCGGAUAGUAUUUAUAACAGUGAUCGAGAAACUAAUUCUGAUCUUAAUACAAAAUUGUUGGAAUCUGAUCCGAUCAGUGUAGUUCCGAACGAAAGUAAUAGUAAUGACGCUUCAUAUGAAACUGUGUAUUAUACAAAAAACUUUUUUAUUGCCAGAACCUUCAUUACAUUUGAUAUGUCGAGAGAAACUUCCAAAAGUCCUGCAAAGGCCUCCCCGACUAAUAGUAGCUCACCUGAGGACCGUAAAAAGUUGUCUGUAAUUGAAAUGUUGAUGUUAAACAUGUCAACUGUAUUAGCAAGUGUUGGUGUUGGACGUGAUUUAAUAUCCAGUAAAAACAAUGAAAAUAUUAGUGCAAACAGAAAUGAGAAACCAAAAAAACGGAUAAACAACACAUAUCAUGGAAGUACAAAACAUAUAAGAGCGUUUUUGUCAAAUACGAGUUUUCAAUCAACCGAAGAAAAAAUAGUUACUAAGACAUCCUUGUCCCCGCAACAUUUUGUACAGUCAACGAUGUCAAGUACAAGUGGCGUUUCUUUAGACCCAACUUCAUCUCUUGGUACUCAUUUAACAACUCCUUCGUCAUUUACGAAAUUGAGCACUGCAUCAUGUACCUCUCCAGAAACCAAAAACUAUCAAAGCACAGAGUAUUCUAGUCAGCUAAGUAACAGAGACGAAAAAAGUAUGUAUAAUUCAUGUUCGACUGGAUACCGAGGUCUUCCUUACAGCCAACUUAAACCCGAGACAAACUAUGGAUUCGACGUUUAUGACAAAGAUAGUAAAAAUGAUACUGCUCAAAGCCCGUUCUUUAAUGAACAAGAAUUUAAGUUUAAACUAAUGACAUCGAAUCUUAGACAAGAGACAUCAAAUGUUCUCCAAGGUAAAAUGAGUGAUCAAAUCGUUUCACCAUUAACACGCAAACUAUACCAUGAAACCCAUGAAUUUAUCGCAAUAGAUGACACUAGUUCUAGUUUGAAUGACAAAAAACACGCUGUUGCCAGAACAGCAAACAAAUGUCUAGUCAACUCUCCAGAGUAUGUAAAUAUUCCUCUCAAAGUGCCAUCAUCGACAAGUAAAAUGAAAAGUAGAGAUUAUAACACAUUUCAAUUCAAACAUAAUAAUACAAAACCAAGUGAUUUUAGAAAUAAAUCUUCUAUGAAAAACUACAUAAGAAAAGCUAGUCCAGAAGUUGAUGAACUAGGUGACAGUUCGGAAGGUGAUAGCUCAUCGUAUUUAUCAGCCAUAAGUUAUGGCAGUCGAAUUGACACCAAUAUGGAAUGUCACAGAUUCGAUGACACAGAUAGUUAUCCCUUUCCAGAUGCUAGGAAAUAUUCUAAAUCUUCCACUCCAAACUUCAAUCAACUUUAGUAUAUGCUAAAAUUUUGAAAUUCCAACAGCCUGUUUAAUUCAUCAUUUUAUCUGAUUCUUUAUUGAGAGAGUUUUGUGAGAGGAUUUUUUUUCAAGAUAUUAUUUGUGCAUACUAAAACCAAGGACUACUACCUGGGUGGCUAGUUUUAAGACUUUGAUGAUUUGUGUAUUAUUUGAAGCUUUACAAAGUGCAACUAAAGA